AGGAAUAAAGAGUUGUUAGUAAAUAAUGUUGUGUUUAUCAACAUCCCGAUUCCCGGGUUAAAUAUUAAGAUAGUGUUGCUCAUGUUUUGUGUUUACAAUCAUUAAUUUAAGUUGUGUUUUACAUAUGCGACAGGUAUUUAAUUCCUAACAUGAGACGUAACCUUAAUAUAAAUAUUUUGGGUGAUUGGUGGCGAACCCUAAGUUAUGGCAAAACGCUGUAUGUAAGAACAUCACGAGUAGCAGAGGUCGUGGAAAAAAAGUGCUGUAAUUCAAACCUCGGAGCAAAAUAUUCCUGCCAAAAUUUUGCUAGUGGCAACACGUUACGUCUGAAUUUUCGUCGUAGUACGUCAAGUUUUCAUGCAAGCACGCGUAGGUUACGGCCAGUAUUUACACUUCAUGCAGUGGAUGGUGAAGGCAUGUUUUCUUCAGAUGCCUACUUUAAUUCCAGGUAUUUUUCCACUCUGGAAACAAUUGAUUCAGUUUUGAAAAUACAAGCAGGUUUUUUUAAAUUCCUUUCGGAAAGUACAGUUGUAGGUUAUGCCAAAGAAUCUAUAAUUUUUAUUCAUGAAUCUACAGGACUCCCGUGGUGGGGUUCAAUAAUGUUGACAACUGUUAUUCUUCGUACGUGUGUAAUACUACCUUUUACAAUUUAUCAGAAUUAUAUUUUGGCAAAAGUAGAAAAUCUAACACUGGAAAUGCCUCAGAUAGCAAAGCAGUUGGGUAUGGAGACUACAUAUGCUAUCAAGAAGCUUAACUGGACAGAAGCGCAAGCUAAAGUGGCAUACAGACGAUCAUUGAAGAAACAAUGGAACAAACUCAUUCUACGUGACAACUGCCAUCCGUUCAAAGCAGGUGUUGUUCUCUGGGUCCAAAUUUCUGUUUGGAUUAUAUAUUCCACAGCCUUGAGGAAUAUGGUUUACAUGUUGCCAGACAAGGAUGUGGCUGCUGCUAUGUUGAAUCUGGAGUUGAGUGUCGGUGGAACAUUGUGGUUUCCCAAUCUCACGAUGGUUGACUCAUCUCUCAUUCUGCCGGUUACUUUUGGACUAGUCAACCUUAUUAUCAUUGAGUUGCAGGAAAGGUCCAGAGUAAAGAAAACCACAAAAUUUCAGAAGUACGUCACCAACUUCUUCAGAGUUCUUAGUGUGGUUAUGGUUCCCAUUGCAGCAGGAGUGCCAUCUUGUCUGUGCCUGUACUGGGUCACGUCAAGCGUCACCGGCCUGGCUCACAACCUCAUGAUGCUGUCGCCACGUGUGAGGCGUCUCAGUGGGAUUCCAGCUACACCCAGCGAGCGCGCACAGCCGUACACACACCUCAGGAGAGAGCUCCAGGAAGCCCUGACCUUCAAGAAAAACGUGCGACAGCAAUGAUGUUAAUUGUAGGCAAGUUGUGAUAUUUAUUAAAAUGUUUUAAAGCUGC